CCCGGUAGAGCUAAGCUAAGCUAAGCUGCAGUGCUAACGCUAACAAAAUGGCAGCGUUUCUACAGUGGAGAAAAUUUGUGUUUUUUGAUAAAGAUAUAGUGAAAGAUCCGGUGGAGAAUGGGAAGAACUUUGUGCUUCCUAAUGGAAUAUCAGCCUGUGACUCCGGCAGAGGACACAUCGUCCUGGGAGAUAUGGACGGAAAGAUCUGGACUAUGACGCGCUCCCUGCAGUUGACUUCAUUUCAGGCCUACAAACUGAGAGUAACGCACCUGUACCAGCUGAAGCAGCACAGCAUCCUGGUGUCAGUGGGGCAGGAUGAACAUGGAAUAAACCCUCUGGUGAAGGUCUGGAACCUUGACAAGAGAGACAGUGGGAAUCCUCUCUGCACCAGGAUUUUUCCUGCAAUUCCUGGUAACAAACCCACAGAAGUGUCUUGCCUCAGCGUACACGAAAACCUCAACUUCAUGGCCAUUGGAUUCACAGACGGCAGUGUGGUUUUGACCAAAGGAGACAUCACUCGAGAUCGCCACAGUAAAACUCUUACUCUGCACGAGGGAACCAGUCCGGUCACUGGUCUCGCUUUCCGCCAGGUUGCAAAGGUCACGCAUCUGUUUGUCGCCACUCUGGAGAAAGUGCACUGUUACACCCUAUCCAUCAAAGAGUAUCCUAAAGUAGAGCUGGACACACACGGCUGUGCUCUGCGCUGCUCCUCCCUGACUGAUCCGUCCCAGGACUCCCAGUUCAUCGUGGCUGGCGAUGACUGCGUUUACCUUUACCAGCCCGAUGAAAGAGGACCUUGCUUCGCCUUCGAUGGGCACAAACUGCUGGCUCACUGGCACCGUGGAUAUCUGUUUCUACUUAUCAGGGACACCAAGUCACCUAACAAGCCAGAGUUUGGCAGCAGGGGCAGCUCUCCAUCAGACAAACAGCUUCUGACUAUUUAUGACCUGGACAACAAGUUCAUCGCCUACAGCGCCACUUUUGAGGAUGUCAUCGACGUGGUGGCCGAGUGGGGCUCGUUCUACAUCCUGACCAGAGACGGAAACAUGUUUGUCCUUCAGGAAAAAGACACGCAGACCAAACUGGAGAUGCUUUUUAAGAAGAACUUGUUUGUGAUGGCCAUAAACUUGGCUAAGAGCCAGCACCUGGACAAUGACGGCCUGUCGGAGAUCUUCAGACAGUACGGUGAUCACCUUUACCUGAAGGGAGACCACGACGGCGCCAUCCAGCAGUACAUCCGUACCAUUGGAAAACUGGAGCCGUCAUAUGUCAUCAGGAAAUUCCUGGACGCUCAGAGGAUCCACAACCUCACAGCAUAUCUCCAAGCCCUGCACAGACAGUCUCUGGCCAACGCAGACCACACCACACUGCUGCUUAACUGUUACACCAAGCUGAAGGACAGCUCCAAGCUGGAGGAGUUCAUCAAGAGCAGCGAAAGUGAAGUUCACUUUGACGUUGAGAUCGCCAUCAAGGUUCUUCGACAGGCCGGCUACCACAGCCACGCCGUGUUUUUAGCUGAGAAGCAUAUGCACCAUGAAUGGUACCUGAAGAUCCAGCUGGAAGACCUCAAGAACUAUCAGGAAGGACUGCGGUACAUCGGCCGUCUGCCUUUUGAACAAGCUGAGAGCAACAUGAAGCGCUACGGUAAAACCCUGAUGCAUCAUGUCCCUGAAGGCACCACGCUGCUGCUGAAAGGUUUAUGCACCAACUAUCAACCCAGCGGAGAUGCUGCUGAAAGAGACUCUGUGGAGACGAGUCGGUACAACAAGGCAAACUCUGAGGAAUUUAUCCCCAUUUUUGCCAACAACCCUCGGGAGCUGAAAGCCUUCCUGGAGCACAUGAUUGAGGUGGACCCUCGCUCUCCUCAGGGUGUGUAUGACACACUGCUGGAGCUCCGGUUGCAAGACUGGGCCCACGAACAGGACCCUGAGCGGAAAAACGUCCUGCAGGGAGAAGCUGUAUCGCUGCUGAGGAGCGACAACACUGUGUUCGAUAAAGCUCUGGUCCUCUGCCAAAUGCACAACUUUAAAGAAGGUGUCCUCUACCUGUACGAGAAGGGAAAACUGUAUCAGCAGAUAAUGCAUUACCACAUGCAGAAUGAGGAGUACGGUAAAGUGGUGGAGGCUUGUAAGCGCUACGGGGACCAGGAGGGCUGUCUUUGGGAGCAGGCUCUGGGCUACUUUGCCAGAAAAGAAGAGGACUGUAAGGCCUACAUCAGUGAGGUCCUUCAGCACAUCGACCAGAACAACCUCAUGCCUCCAUUACUAGUGGUGCAGACGCUGGCUCACAACUCGACAGCCACUCUGUCUGUCAUCAAAGACUACCUCAUUAACAAGCUGCAGAGGGAGAGCCAGCAGAUCGAGGACGACGAACGCAAAAUCCGCCAGUACCGUGAGGAAACAGCUCACCUUCGCUCUGAGAUUCAGGAGCUUAAAACAAGUGCCAAGAUAUUCCAGAAGACAAAGUGCAACAUGUGCAACAGCCCCCUGGAGCUGCCGUCGGUUCAUUUCCUGUGCAGCCACUCUUUUCACCAGCACUGCUUUGAAAGUUACGCGGAGAGUGAGGCCGAGUGCCCGACCUGCACUCCAGAGAACCGCAAAGUCAUGGACAUGCUGCGAGCCCAGGACCAGAAACGAGACCUGCACGACCACUUCAACAGACAGUUACGCAGCUCUAAUGAUGGCUUCUCCGUUGUGGCGGACUACUUUGGUCGCGGAGUGUUCAACAAACUGACUCUGGUGACCGACCCGCCUGGGAGCAAAACCGUUGGGAGUCUAGAAGUCAACCUGCAGAGGGAUCUGCUCAUCCACACUAAGAGAAACUGUUAAAAACAUGUCUGAGAUCUACCUAAGCGCCACCUGUCUGUCAGCUUCAGCUCAUAAUCUUCACAACACGAUUAACUAAAGCAGCAGCAACGUUGAAAAUAGAAGCCAGUGUGGAUGUGAGAAAAACUGCAGCCCCCUAAGUGUCCACUAGAGGCAGUCUACAGAGGCACAGAAAGUCACAUGCUCACCUGAGUUCAGAUGUCAGAUAUUGAAGUAGAAAUACACAUUUACAGUCUGGUUUAGGGGUCUUUAAGGGUAUGCACUGCACAAGAUGUGUUUUUAUUUCCAAAGUCAUCAAGGUUUGAAGAAGGAUAACGGUUAUGCAUCAUUAGGGGCAUGGCUGAUGUGCACACCUGUCAGUGUUUUAUAUCCAUUCAUCAGAUCUUAGACCUGCUUUAGCUCCACCUCUGCUUGACUAACCUGGGACUGACUUCACUCAGACUGUGUCCAAUACUUUAAACAGUUGACGGAUUUUCUGUACAGGAUGUAACAGGAUUUUCACGGCGCAUGCAGCUGCCUGCCUUUGUAGCUGUGAGGGAUUUGUUAAUGUUGUAAUGCUCCUGGAAACUGUAUAGAUGUACUAAACGUGUAGCACAAUCUUCUGAAACCUUCCAGAUUUACAGCUUUGAUGUGCUUGCUUUAACCUACUGUGUAAUCUUGGACAAAUUGAAAAUAUGAUCAUUAAAUCAUCAGUAAUUAAUGAAAUGAUUUGAUGUCUGUCACUGAAAUGAUGUGAUGAUGAGAAUCAUCAAUAAAGGCAGAAGGUGCGUCGUCUUCAG